CCCCCUUGACCCCGGGAUGACUCAACCCAAGCUCUCCCCGCUUUCUUCUGUCCCGAAUGACUGCGACUUCAUGUUCUGCUGGUCAAUGGAGGGUGCUCGGUCGCCAUUUAUGGCCUUGGUAAUUUACAGAAUUGAAGAUCUGGUUAGGAAGAAUGCAAAGGAAUGCCGACAUAUAACAUCUCGCCGUCCCCCCUCCCCUCGGCCAAGUGUGCUUUACUGGAAGUCUCCUCACACUUUUAGAUCCAACAACUCCUCCAUCUCUAUAUCUCAUCUUUCUUAUAGGUAAUUCAUCAGAGCCGGCCGUCAUGACGAACGAGACCGAGACCAACUGGAAGCGCAACACAAAGUAUGACACGGCCUUGUGCUUCAUCCCACCCCGCCAUCAGUGGAAUACCGUCGAGAACUUCCGCCAAGCCAACGACAAAACGUUCGGAAGGUGGCCACCACACGUCAACCUCGUCUACCCCUUCGUUCCUCCACGCGACCUUGGUCCAACGCUGGAUCAGGUUCUCUCCUCUUUGCGCGGGCGCCUCCCGAAAGAAGAACCACGGGGUUCGGACGGGCUGAGCACCACCCUCUUUCUGGACUCGGCAGAUUGCUUCCCGCGUGAGCAUGGAAGCACAUUCUUCCUCUUCGACGGUAACGCGAAUACCACGAACCAAAUCGAGGACCUUCGCUCCGACAUCAUUAGGGCGCUGGGGCGACAAGAUGGAGACUCUUACAGGCUCCAUAUGACCGUCGGCCAGUGUGAGGCUGCACCCGGGUCAGACGCCCACAGAUCGUUUCUCGAGAAAGCCAAACUCUUACCAAAGAUCCAGUGGGAGUGUAACCAGCUAUCCGUGCUGGUGCGGAACGACUCGGGCGUCAUGCUACCAUGGGGAACCAUCCACCUCGACCUACUCUCACUCGACCGCAUCGACCCAACUCCCUUCUACGCAUCAUCAGUCGGCCCCGGAUCACCGAGUACCAUACGACCUGCACACCAGUAUUCGGACCAUCAAGGACUCUGGGUAUCUCCUGAAACCUCCCCUAAGCUCGACAACACAGCCGUGGAUCUGCCAGCGGAUCUACCAGUGGACCUACCAGAGCACCUAGUUGUGGCGAGCUAUAAUGUCCUCGCCGAGUUUACUUCGCCUCCGUCAAAAGUCCGCUAUCCGCUCCUCGUCGAGAACCUCCUCUCACCUACGGCCUUGGCCGACAUCCUCGUCUUGCAGGAAGUCACCGACGACUUCUUGUCCUACCUGCUAGAGAACAAGGACGUGCGUGACCAUUAUCGCCAUGUCUCCCAUCCGCCACCUCAUCAACCCUCUGCUGGCCCGCUUCCCAACUUUCUCAACGUCGUAGUGCUGAGCAAACACCGCUUCGUCUGGCGCUAUCUUCCCUUCCGCCGCAGCCACAAGGGGGCUUGCAUCGCGGUAUUUGACGACCUGGGAACCAAAGCUGAAGAUGGCACCCCACAGCCCUUGGUCGUGGCGGGCUGUCACCUGAGUCAGGGGCUAACAGACGACCUCGUCCAUGCCAGGACGGGCGAGUUCCACCACAUCCUAACAUAUCUAAAGAACCAGCAUGAUCUGUGCAACCCGUGGAUCAUCGCCGGCGACUUGAACGUUACGACCUCGUACCGCACGUUACAUGUCGCCCUGGAAUCCAAAGCCAUCUCCGAACGAGCGGCGGCCGAGAUCAGGGGAUUCGACUCCCUCGUCUCCCAAGCCGGACUCACAGAUACCUGGGCCGCCGCUCGGACCGAGGUGGGCGAGUCCUCCGACGACAUGAAGCUCCACGCGUCCGCAGCGGAACUCUUCGAAGGCGAACAGGGCGCGACGUUCGACCCGCCGAACAACCCGGAGGCUGCCAAAUCCACCGCAGCAUCCGGCAACAAACUGAGCGGCCGGCCGCAGCGAUACGACCGAAUCUUGCUCAAGACGGAGGGGGCCAUGUGUUAUCCCGCGGCAUUCAACAUGUUCGGCUUCCUUACCGCUCCGUCAAACGAGCGCGACGGCGCAACCUACGCGAGCGAUCAUUGGGGCAUCCGCUGUUUGCUGCGCAGGCAGACCGAGCCGUCAAAGGGCGCGCCGGCGUCGAAUAGUAGUCUUCUUCCCGUGGUGCCAGUGGCCCUCAAGCAUGCGCCCAACCACCUCUCGGACUCUGGCGCCCUCGGUGAUCUUCUCCGCGACAGGCGAGCUCUCCCGACCGGUGAAGAUGAGACGGCUCGAACCAAGGCGCUCGACCUAUUGAAGGAGGUGUUGCUUGAAACCGGCCCCCUAGGUUCUACGGCAGCCACGCGAGGUCGAGUCGUCACGAUCUUGGUCCCGCUAGGAUCGUACGGCCUUGGUGUUUGGUCACCCGACUCGGAUCUUGACUGUCUCUGCAUUGGGUCUGUGCAGCCGCGGACAUUCUUCCGCCUGGCCAAGCUUAGCAUCAGGAAAUGCAGCUCCGGCAUGCGUCUUCUUCGUACCGUGAGGGCGAAUACGGGAGUCAUGAUGGAGCUGGACGUAUUGGGCAUCAAGGUCGAUCUGCAAUACUGCCAGGCAAGCCAUAUCGCCGAGAGGUGGCUAGACAUCAUGAAGCGCCCACCAACUGACGCAGCCUUCAAACUGAAGCCCGAGUCUCUGAUCAAGCUCAAGCCGGCACGAGAUCUGUCCUACUUGAAACGAUCCAUCCCGGACCUUGCUCAAUACCGAAUCGCCCAUCGUCUCGUCAAGUGCUGGGCCAGAGAACGCGGAAUUUACGCAGCCAAAUUUGGAUUCCUUGGAGGCAUCCACAUCUCGAUCCUGCUCGUCCGAAUCUGCAAGAUGAUCUGGCAGCAGAACGGGCCCGUGUCGACCCCGGACCUCCUCGCCACGUUCUUCGAUCACUACUCGAGUUUCGAUUGGGAAAAGCACGCCGUGUUUGACCCUUUCUUCCACAAAAGCCUCAGGUAUCACCGAACCUUCCGGGAGCCCUUGUGUCUCCUCGGGUGGCAUGGGCCGAUUCUGAAUGCGGCCACGGCGGCUUCCAAACCCAACGUCAGCACCAUAGCUGCCGAGCUCCAGAAAGCCAAUGAGUAUCUGUCCCGGCCGGGCGUGGAUUGGGCUGGACUCCUCGGAAGUCACGAUUCGGUAUCGGUGGGAUCUUCGUCGGGCACGUCUGAUUUUCUGAAGGCAUAUCCCUCCUACGUCAAGCUUAGCAUCCAGUACUGGGGGAAGUCGUUGGAGAAAGGCAGCAAGCUGCUAGGCUGGUUGGAAUCACGCUGCAUCAGCCUGCUCGUGGACAUAAGCAUCCAAGUCAAGGAUCUCUCUGCGAGAAUCUGGCCCCAACGCUUCGUCGACGCCGCCUCCGAAGAGGAAACAGACGACAACUACCGGGGCCUCUACCUCAUCGGCCUGAGCCGAGCCGCUGCUGCCGCUGCCGGACGCGAAGACGUCGAAGCCACCAUGUCCCGACUCCGCCACGUUCUGAAUCUAUUCGAACGCCGCAUCCGCGAAGACGGUCGAUACUUCGAUGCCUCGACCUCGUGGUUCGAGACGUCGGUCGUCCGGGGCGCGAAACUGGGGCCGCUUCGCCUCGACGGCCGGGCAUGGGGCCUCUAUGCCGCGGACGGGGAAGAUGAUUCGGAAGAUGAGUUUUUGUUCGAUGAAGAUGAGGAGGAGGAGGUGGAUGCUGAUGCUGCUGCUGAUGCUGAGGACGUGACGUUGGCGGACGGGACCGCUGCCGGGCCGCGGAGGUUGCCGGCGAGGCCCAAGCCGGAGGGGGCAGGGAAGCUUCGAAGCGCGUUGGAUGUGAUGAACCGCCUCCGGUGGGAUCCGAACUUGGAUAGCGAGGACUAUGUCGUUGGUUACUUGGAUCGGUUUGAGGGGGUGCAGGAGAAGGGUCUUGGGUCUUGGCACUCUGACCUGACCGAGGAGGAAUUCAUCCCUCAGCAUCGGAUCGUCCACUUUAAGCGGAAGACGGAUGGGAGUAUUGUGUGGGAAAGGCACACGCGUACGGAUAAGAUUUUUGGGAGUGGUCAAGGUUAGAACAUGGUCGAUACUGUCGUACGUACAUGGGUACAUACAACCGUUUUGAAUCAAAGCUCGUAC